AUGGGCUACCAGCCCGCUCUGCCCUCUGCAGGCCGCAGCCCCGUGAGAGGCGCUCCCUACGGCCAGCGCGCGCAGCUCCGCUGCCCCUCGGGGCGGGCUCUCCGCAGGGCCCCUUCACGACGGCUGCGGCGCACGCGCGCGGCCUCCUCGGUGCGCCGCGCGCCACAGCCCCCGCGAGGCAGACGGCAGCUCUCGCGACGUUUGGGCGUCCCGCGGCAAGGCGGGAUUGGAGUCCGCGCGCGCUUUGGUAGCGGGCGGCGGGAAAUGAUGGCGGAGUGUUGUCCGUCAGGCCAGCCGGGUUCCCGUCAGCCUCAGCCUCAGCCUCAGCCUCAGCGGGUGGUGCUCCCUGACGCCCCCGGCUCUAUGGAAAGCAGGUGGAAGAAACACCAUCUCUGGCUGUACGUGCUGGCGUUGGGCUUCGAGCCGGAGACUAUCGGCGCCUCCAGCUUACUGGGCACGAAGAUAUUCAGUGUACCAAAUAUCGAAGCGCUUCACGUUAUUGCCACCUUCUUGUUUGAAAAGUUGGAUCCGGCUCGGGCAGCAGAGGCUUUCAGAAACUGUGGCUCUGCAGAUCUGUAUUUUAUGAAGCAGUGUUUUAUAUGGCUGAAAGACAUUGAAAAGAAACACCAAGGCUGUCUUCAGCAUGUUACAGCAUCUUCAUUAACUUCUCCUGGAGGUUCUAAAUUUAUUCGUGUGUUCUAUUCGUUUACAAAGCACGUACUGGUUGAGGACAUGAAAAAGAAUUCUGUAGGCACUGAUGAACUUAUUGCCAAAGCUGUAAAUUUGAGAAGUAGGAAUAUACACAUGGCAAAGGCAAGAUGCAGAGUUGCAUACAAUAAACUUCUGCAAAUUUUUCUAAAGGAACACUUCAUUAUUCAAGAAUAUCAGAAAAAAGCAUGGCUUUUAGUUAAAGAGAAAGCCCGGAUAAAGUCUGAAUAUACAGUCCUCCAAACACAGUAUUGGAAGAUGAAACAAAAUACUGAAAACAAAAAUGAUAAAACUGAGAGAAUUCAAAAGGUCCGCAGCAUGUGGACGCUUAUACAGGGAAUACUUACAUCUCUGAAAAAAGAAAAGGAAGUUGUGGAUUCUAUACUUGAUGUACUUGAAGAUGGUAUCAUUUUGGAUGGAACUAAAGUUGUUGUCCAUGUUCCACAGUUUUUGAGUUACAGAGUUGAAAAUGAUGUGUACCAAUGUUUUGUGGGGAAUGCAUAUGAAGCUGAAAGUCUCAAUUUCUUAGCAGUCAUCCAGUUAUUAAAUGAAGCCCUCAGGUCAUUGAGAGAUGAACACUUUCAGUUUGAAUUAGAAAAAUGUCUUUCUGUAGUUGAGAAGAAGCACAUGUGCCACAAAUCACUACAGCGUUUGAAAGUGAGGAGGCUAGAAAUAGAGCAACAUCAUCGUGUGUCAAGUGAAUCUAUUUCUAGAGAACAGGAAGACUGGAAAAUGAAGUGGAAAAGCCUUCUUGGCCUGUGUUCUUUUUAUUUCAUCUUAAAUCAGGAUCAAGAGUUGACAGCUGUUCACCAUUCUUCUAGAGCUGCAGAGGAAGAUCAAGGUUUUUGUCAGCAUCUACUGUCAGUUUCAGAUGUUUUGGACUCUAUUCCUGAAGAAAGUUGCGAGAAAGAUGAUGGGGCAUUGGAAACGAUGAUGGAUAAACCAACGCCACCAUGUUUCUCUUCAGCGGCUUUGGAGAUGGCAAAAGCAUCUGAAUACAGAGAAUUGUUAGCUGAACAGGUUGCAGAAGCAGUGGUGUCUGGGUCGACUCCGAAUGGUGAGAGAAAAGGAAUGGCAUUAGACGAUCUUACUCUCUCAUUGUCUUUUGACCCAUUUAUAACAAGAAAGCAAAUUCCCCGCACUCCAGAAAAUCUGCUUACAGAAGUCAGAUCAUGGAGAAAAGCAAUUACGACUGAGGACUCAUCAGACAUAAAGCUGAACUUACCUGAGGUAACAAUAGAGGAAGGUCCAGUGGAUACGUACGUCUAUAAGAAGAUCGCAGGCUCUAGACUUACGUGCUUUGACCCUGCAUCUUCUGUACCUGACUUUGAUCCUGCCCCAUCAGAAAGCAAGUCCCAAUUAAGUUCUACAGAAUUUAGACCUCAAAAGCAGAUGAGGAUAAGUCAUAUUGAAUCUCCAGUUUCAGAAGCAUCUGGAAUACAAGAAAGUGAGAGAACUGAAGCACAGGGGUUAAAAAAAUACUGUUUUGAACAAUAG